AUGACUCUACUUUACUUUACUUUACUUUACUAUUCGGGUAAAGAAGAUGUACUUUACUUUACUUUACUUUUUCAAAGUAGCACAUUAAGUAGAGCACGUCGUCUUCAAACACCUCGUAUUCCUGAUUCUCAAAUAUUUGACUUUCCUGAAUCUUAUACAAUAACUUUGAAAAAUCAACCUUUCUUAUGCAUUGAUCAAAUAAUAAAAAGAAAAACACGAGUUUUAGUCUUUGCCUCAAAUGAGCCAUUGAAGUUAUUGUUCAAUAGCUCAGUUAUUUUAAUGGGUAGUACUUUUACAUCAUCACCAUCGAUUUUCAGUCAAGUUUAUUGCAUACAUGCAAUAAAAUAUGAACAAUCUUUUGUUUGUGUGUUUGCUCUUUUGCCUGAUAAAAAAAAAUCCACGUAUAAUUUUUUGUUUCAUGAAUUACGUAAUAAAGCUGCUCAAUUGAAUAUGAUUUUUCAUCCAAAUACUAUUAUGUCGGAUUUUGAAGAAACUUUAGCAGAUGUUAUAAAAAGCGAUUUUUCUAAUUCUCUUCAUGUGGGAUGCUAUUUCCAUUAUACACAGGCAAUAUAUCGUAAAAGUCAACGUCCUGGCUUAUCUUCUGAAUAUGCUGCUGAUGAAGAAAUUCGAAAUGCCUGUAGAAAGAUUAUGGCACUUGCUCUAAUGCCUGUAUCAUUAGUUUUACAAGCAUUUGAUGAUCUUUCUGAAUUAGUUCUUGAAUCAUCAACAAUAAAAUUUAACUUACUUAAACCUUUAUUUCGUUACUUUGAGAAUCAAUGGUUAAAAAAUGUUUAUAUUCAAAGAUGGAAUGUUUACGGAUUAAAACUUAGAACAAAUAACAACUGUGAAGGCGAAGAAAAUCGAUUUAAUCAUUUAUUAAUUCAAAUGAAAGGUGGUCUGCAAACACAACCAAAAACAAAAAAAACACAAGCUAUUCAACAGAGAAUUGAUACAUUAUACAUUCGUCGUGAUAAUGGAGAUGUUACUAGUAAAGAGCUUUUGGAAGGAUUAUCAUUUAUCGUCGCGAAAAAUAUUAAACCAAAAAGAAAAUAA